UGCCACCGGGGCAGGUUUCAGCACCAGACAGGGAAUGAAGACUGAGAAUAGCACUGGUCAGAGCACCACUGCAUCCACAGCAAGACACCCAACAGACAGUGCACCCCUCAGCACUGCACACCGGCAGUGACAGGCACCGAGCUCCCACCAGACAGACAGCUUGCGACUCGUACCCAGCCGCAGAGAAAAAUUCAAAGCCGCCCGAUCCGGAACCCAAAAACGCCUCCACGCUCCUAGACGACGAUGCGACAGACGGCCGUGCUGAACAUGCUGACCCUGGGCGUUAUGCUGGUGCUUCUGGGACAGAGCGCCAGCGCCCAGAGGGAGCCACGCAGGAGGGCGGCCCCCACCUCCAAGGCGGCCUGCUGCGAGGACGUGCGGGCGCUGAAGGUGCAGCUGGCCAACGUCAGCAGCCUGCUGGAGGAGCUGUGGCGAAAGCAGGAGACGGAGGCGCGUGGCCUGACCCGGCAGAUGCUGGAGCUGGAUCGCCGCAGCCAGAAUCAGGAGGCUCGUGUCACCGAGGCUGAGGGCAAGUACUCAGAGAUCAACAACCGCGUGGAGAUCAUGCAGCUGCAGGCGGCACAGGCCGUCACGCACACCAGUGCAGAGGCCAUCUACGACUGUGCUUCGCUGUACACCAGGAACUACAAGAUCUCGGGCCAGUACAAGCUGCCGGCGGACGAGUUCAUGGGCACGCCGGAGCUGGAGGUUUACUGCGACAUGGAGAGCAACGGCGGAGGCUGGACUGUCAUCCAGAGACGCAAGGUGGGCCUGACGUCCUUCGACCGCGACUGGAAGCAGUACAAGCGUGGCUUCGGCGCCAUCCGCGGCGACUUCUGGCUGGGCAACGACAACAUCUUCCGGCUGACGCGCCAGCCCACCGUGCUGCGUAUCGAGAUGGAGGACUGGGAGGGCGAGGUCCGGUAUGCUCAGUACCAGCACUUCACCCUCAGCAACGAGCUGAACAGCUAUCGGCUACACCUCGCCGGCUACAGCGGCAACGCUGGACAGGACUCUCUGCGGUACCACAACAACACCAACUUCAGUGCCAAAGACAAGGACAACGACAAGUGUGUAGACAACUGUGCCCAGCUGCGCAAAGGGGGCUACUGGUACAACUGCUGCACGGAUUCCAACCUAAAUGGCGUGUACCAUCGCUACGGGGAGCACAGAACAGGCACGGAUGGCAUCACUUGGUAUGGCUGGCAUGGACCCAACUACUCACUGAAGAGGGUCGAGAUGAAGAUCAGGCCCCAGAACUUCCGGCCAUAGACUAAACCAUGAAACAUCUAACACGUUCUGGCAAAAAUGACAGCAAAUCUAGACAGGAAGGGAGAAAAUAAAUGAAUAAAUCUCACACACACACACACACACACACACACACACACACACACACAAAAACUCUUUCAGGAGGCUAGAUUUCCAUGUUUUCAUAUUUUUCUGUAAUGUGGUUUUGUAAAUUGUAGUUGAAUGUAUUUAUCUUUUGCAAAAAGUAUGUCUUCGGCAGUCAAAUGACACUGACUGAAAACAAUGGAGAUGUGCAACUGCUUCAUGUCUGCAGGUCGAGAAGUUUGUGGCCUUCGGUGGGGGGGGGGGGGGUGAGACGUCUCACACUUGGGCCAGAUUUACAAACUAGGCACUUCAAUGCGGCGUCACUGGCAAUCCACAGUAUGAGAUAACUGGCAUUAUUUAUCAAUUCCAGGCAUGAGCACAGCCAGAUUUACAGCGCAGAGCUCAGCCAAACAGCCACACCAUAAAAACAUCCUGAGAAAUGUAGCCACAACCAUAUCAGACAGCCACACUGUGUGAUGAUAACCGUAAGAGAAAGCAGCCAGUGUGCAUUGUAGUUUGGAUAUUUUUUUUCCUAAAUGAAACUAAUUUGUAAAAUGUGUACAGCUUUAUAAAGUAUUAUUCUGUUUGAAUAAAAACUUUUGUAUUUUUAA